UCAUCUCGGAGUUUAUGGGAAACACGAUUGACAUUUUUUGUUUGACCUUUUAUGGACCAAACGACUAAUGGAUUAAUCCACAAUGACAAUAAUCGUUAAGUUGCAGCCCUUUGAAAUGUAAAAAUAUUUAACAUUCAUAAGUGUUAUACUACAACACAUGCAAGGACAGAUCAAAGCUCUCAAUUGGGAUUAUGAACAGUAUCAAGUUGCAUGUUCCAUGAAAGGAGAAAAGAUAUGACACUGUCCUGUAAUCAUCACUUGCCUGCACAGAGCUCAGUGCGCCCUGCUCUGCAACAGAAGUGUCCAUACGGUGAACGAAUUAUGAACGAAUUAUGAAUGAAUUCAAUGUCCUUUUCAUAAACUGAUGUAAUAAACCUUCACGGUCUCACUCCGGCGCACGAGUAUCGACGCGCUGCUCGCGGACGCGGCCGGGGGGGCUGAUCUCUGCCUCCAGGGGUCAUUCUCUCCACCACUUGCCACUUGUUGCCAAAAGCGGCGCGGGGCUCCUGCGGUCAACACGUCACCACGCGAGUCUGCUCAUCCCCUGGAUGCUGGACGCGGAGAGUCCCCGGGGCCGAGCCACAGACGAGAACAUGUCCGCGCACCUGACGGAGAGAAGUCCGGUGGAGGACGCGAGUGGAGCAGCUCAGUCCGCGCCGAGAGGCUCUUUCCCCCUGCCGGCCCCCUGCGCCUCCUCCCACAGCGCGCUCCCCGGCGCCCUGUCCCACCAGGCCGCCAGCGGGGGCAUGAAGCUCGAGGCGGUCAUGGAGAACCUGCAGCGGCAGCAGGCGGCGCGUCUCGCCCUGGAGGAGAAGCUGCGCAAGGCGGAGAAGGAGAAGGACCUGCGCGCCCUGGUGGAGUCCCAGAUCCACCAGCAAGCCCUGGCUUUCCGCCACUACCAGGCGGCGAUGCGCGGCUCCCUGGCGGCCGCAGUCACCGGCGUGUCCCCGGCGGCCACGUUCCCACACAUGGAGGUCCACAGGCGCGACGAGGACGCGCGCUCCUGCAGACCGGACAGCGACAAGGAGCGCACCGACGAGGAGCAGGAGAUCGUGGACGACGAGGAGGAGGACGAGGACGACGACGACGACGACGCGGGCUUGAACCACCACCAGCACCGGCAGUCCGCGCGCCCGGGAGCCCGCCUGUCUCCCAGGAGCAGCCCCAUGCACCUCGCGGCCAGAGCUCCGGCGGCCUUUGGCCCGACGCGCCGCGCCGAGUCUCCGUCGGCGCAGCCGCAGCCGCAGCACCACGAGUGGACCUACGAGGAGCAGUUCAAACAGACAGAGGCAGUGAGCAAGCUGGGAGUUCUCAGUGGCGGUGGCAGCUCAGGGCCUCAGAUUCAGGAGUUGUAUGAACUGGAUGACGAUGAAAAGCGCAAAGAGUUUCUCGACGACCUCUUCAGUUUCAUGCAGAAGCGGGGGACUCCGGUGAAUCGGAUUCCUAUCAUGGCCAAGCAGGUGUUGGAUCUCUACAUGCUCUACAAGCUCGUCACCGAAAAGGGCGGCUUAGUGGAAGUCAUCAAUAAGAAAAUAUGGCGUGAGAUCACCAAAGGCCUUAACCUCCCCACCUCCAUCACCAGUGCAGCUUUCACUCUGCGAACACAGUACAUGAAGUACCUCUACCCAUACGAAUGUGAAAAGCGGGGGCUGAGCUCCCCCGGCGAGCUUCAGGCAGCUAUCGACAGCAACCGGCGGGAAGGCCGUCGGCAGAGCUACGGCUCCGCCAUCUUCAACUACUCCCCCGCGGGCACCCCCGCCCUCCUGUCCUCGCCCAAGAUGCAGAUGUCCCACCUGCCGACGCUGACUCACAACAACGGCCACCUCUCCCAGGUGCACGGGAUCAAGAAAGAGGAGCCCAUGAUGGCCGGCUGCCUGCCCAGCCGGCUGGCCCUUCCCAUGUCGCCCAGCAGCCACCACGCGGCGGCUGUGGCGGCGCAGGCGGCGGCUCUGGAGCAGCUCAGGGAGAAACUGGAAGGCGGCGAGCCACCGGAGAAGAGGAUGAUGAUGGUGGCGGAGGAGCAGCAGAGGAUCAUGCAGCACGCCCUGCAGCAGAACCUGCUGGCCAUGGCCACUCAGCUGCCGCUCAACAUCAAGCUCAACAACAGAGAUGAUAGACAAGAGACCGCAUUGAACCUGUCUACCAACGGCAUUAGCAGCAUCAACAUGUCAAUAGAAAUAAAUGGAGUUGUCUACACAGGCGCCCUCUUCGCCCGGCAGGCGCCCAUGGCGGGGCUGGCGGGACACCGUGGCAAACGCGGCGGCUGUCCGAUUCAGGGAAAGAGCAGUCCCGUACAGUUCCAGCCCUCCUGCUCCUCUUCAUCGUCCUCCUCGUCCUCACUCCACGGACUGAGAAACUCCUCCCCCUGAGUCUCGCGCCCCUCCUCGCCGCGUCCUCCCGCCCCUCGGGGGAGGAGCGCCGCCCCCUUCGGGUGGUUGGACACGUGGUCAUCAGACAGAGUGCGGUAGCUUCGCAGGCGACCUUCUGUCCAUCCGCUCGGUCGCCGAACAACAAAUAGAAAAGCAGCAAACGUGUAUUUACAGAUUAAACACUUUGACGAGAGAUCCGCCCCCCCUUCUUACCCCCCCCUCCUCGGUGUUUUGAGGACAUUUAACAUUUGUGUGUGUGUGUGUGUGUGUGUGAUGCCACCGUCUGUCGGAUCUGUCCAGUGUAGAACAGUUCAAAAGGAGCGUUCGUCCAUCACUUUAAGCCCGGAUGAAGCCUCUCCUCUCGCGCAGCGAUGCAGUGAGAGGACGAGGCAGCCGAGCGGCUGACGCUCGUGUUUCUAGACUUCCUGACAAACCUGGGACACGUGCCGCUCACAGCUGAUACCAAAGAAGAAAACCAGUCACUGCUGGUACGUGUCCAGCACCGAUGAUCAAACCUGAUAAUUACAGCAAGAACACAAUUCCUACUUGUCAAUGGAACCGUGUACAUAGUGUUAAAACAUCUCUUCAUCUACUGGCAACUAACAUUCUGUCCCCAAAAGAACCUGCACCCAGGUGUUAUCAGGGUCAGAUUCACUUGACCCUGCCCCAGGUUCACUGUGUCACUUCAUCUGUGACCGUUACUGUUUCACGAUUCGCAUCAUCGAAGCGUGAAAUCAACUCAAUCAUCUGUUUAAAACUAAAAGGCCUCACAUUUUUUACCAUACAUAUGUUCCAGUAUGUUUCAAAAAACAUAAUACAGCAAAUUACUCAAAGUAGUAAGCAGCUCAGUCCACUUGAUAAUCCGACAGAGAGGUGGAUUACCAAGAUUUUGUGGCACAUGGGAUACGAAAAAAUAGAAAAGAAAAGUGAAUACGUUCAAAAGGACAAAAUAACCUGAGCUCAGAUAAACAAAGACGUCGCCAACCAUCCAUGGCUGUAUGGAAUAUAAGAAGUGUAUGUCAUAUACCAAGAUGGAGCCACAUUAUUCAUUAACUUGACCUUCAGAUGAUGGAAAUAAUAAAAGAAAUAUGGUUUGACAAUUGACCCUGCUAUGCUUUAAACACUUCACCAGGUGGAACAGGCCCCAACAUGUGUUAUAUUGCAUUGUGGGACAUAAACAUCCCAUAAAAAAAAAUAAAAUAAAGAUUAUCACAAAGUUACCACAGUAACGACGGGCUUGUGAUCAAAGGCCUUUGGGACACGAUGCAUCAGAUGUAUCAUCAGAUGAAAAAGCCAGCGACAGUUACAGUCUGUUCAGUUCUGUCCAAAAUAAGUGAACACGUUCUUUUGAUCAUACAACAAAUCACUUGGGCAUCGAGGAUAACAAACAUAUGAACAGCUGGAUGAUCCCAACACACCUGUUCAUCGCCAUGGCGUGAAGGACAGUACAUCUGAAACAUCCUGUAGUUGUCUCUGCGACAGGUGAAGGACGGGAGGACGACGGGGAUGAGCAUUGUCACGGUCCAGUGCUUUCCUCAUCCGUUAGGGUGAAUAUUGCAACCGACAUCAUUGCUCCACUGUCGUGGUUGUGGUCAGAAACGCUUGCGAGACGGGCGGCGAUCAUGUAAAGAGAUCUUCUGCAACGCACAGUCACGAUGCAGAAAAGGAUCAGCAAUGUUUUGCUCACGAAUUCAGACGAAGCACAAACGUGGAAGAUAAAGAGUUGUGCACUUCCGGCCUGCGGGCGGCAGCUGGACGGACGUACAGUCAGAGAAGAAGUGUAGUCGUCAUUCACCAUGUUGUUUUAUAGUGUGAAUAGAAUCCAGGUUCCUUUUCUCUAUCAAUGUAGUUGUGUGGAACAUCGGAGAGCCUCUCCUUCUCCACUUCUCUUUCUCCUUCUGCUUUCAUAGGGAUAUGAGAGGUCUUUGUUUCGGAGGGACGUGGUGAUCAGUUUGGAGACAUGUGGGGUUUUAUUCUUAAGUCUGUUGAAGCAUUUACCUGCAGAUUUUAUUUAUUAUGUUUUAUAUGUGAUCCUACUAAUGUUGCAUUCAGCUCCACCACUUUUUGAAGACUUGUUGAAUGCAGAUACCUCACCGAUCUACCUGUAUAUAGUCAUAGUGAACUAUAAAUACAAGAUAUACCUCAUGAAUUUCAUUCAUUUUUAUUGUACAGCCACUUGAAAUCUAUGUUUUACUUCAACAGAUCACUGGAUUCUUUUUUUUAAUUUGUCAUUAUUUGUGUGAUUAUACCAAAGAAGGGAAUAUUUUAUUGAUACACAUCUACCUCAUUUGUUAUAGACUGUGCCAAUGAAUAAGUCCACGAUCUUAAUUGCCAGUGUACUCAUGGUGUUUCAUAUCCAUUUUUGUGUGAAUACAAAUGCUUCUCAGUCAAAGGAAAUAACAAUAUAUUAUACUAGAGGAUUAGGCAAAAAAUGUUCAACGUGUUUUUUUUCUUAUAUUGUUGGCUGUUGUGCACCAGAACAGAUCCAAUCUGCAUGAAAACAUGAGCACAACAAGGAAGACGGCGUCACGGGUUGGAUCUGUGUGAGGAUGACAGAGUCUGAGGGUUGGACACCAUCGGGCCAAAAUGUCCACUUGCACAAAACAGGAAGGUUAAAGGUGACAUAUUAUGCAAAAACUUACUUUUUCAGUGUUUGUGCACAUAAGUGUGUGUAUCUGUGGAGCCUGCCGGCCCACAAACUGUGAACAAAGACCACAGACCCUACAGCCUGGCUCUGAACCACUGGUCCACAUUUCUCUCCCACUGUGAUGUCACAGUAACUCCGCCUGCAAUCUGAGCAUCUCCACUUCUCUGGUGACGGGGCGUGAUAUUUCAUACUCAUUUUGAAAUUGGUUGACCAAUUAAAACAGACUGGUGCCAGCUGGCCAAUCAGAGCAGACUGGGGUUUAUCAGGAGGGCGGGGCUUAAAUACAUCCAGGCGUUGUAGACAGAGGGUGAAAAGAGGCGCUGCAGGAAUGGGCAGUGUGAGAACACUGAUGCCUUUUCUGAACAUUAGAGCAUGUGAACCUUUUCAAAUUAAAAGUAUGAACCUGAAUAUGAGCAUAAUAUGUCACCUUUAACAUGAAUUUACUGAUGACCGUUUGUGUGAUGCCACCCAGGACAAACAGGCCUGUGUGGUCGUCCUCCUCCUCUUCCUCAUGCACAUUGUUCACUCUUCACUGUUUUUAUUGCUCUGACGAUGAUGACGGUGUGUAAUGCUCCAGGUCGCUCGCUGGUGACCAAGAUGAUUAUAAAUUGUGUGACUGUAGACGGUGAUGUUGAAAUUUGUGCAAACACAAUCGUGCGGCAGACGACAAUCGUCAGUCGACUCCUCGGCCGUCAGUUGAGCUGUUGAAAGGUGGUCGUGCUGUAUGAUUCUCAUUCCACUCCAGAUGUGUUCUUCAGCAAUCAGACACUUGUUGUGCAGGUACAUUAAGCAGAGGUCCAAAAGAAAACACUUUCUGAUGUACGAAUUUGAUAUUGCAUCUUUGAAUCCAUGUCACCGACCUCCCCUGACUGCUCCAGCCGUGGUGGUGGUGGUGCUCAUAUUGUCCUGGCAGAGCUCAGAUAACUUUUUUCUAUCAUCUGCCUCAGACACAUACUCACAUUUAUCCGACCUUGAUAGAGGGAUGCAGUGGGAGAAGUCAUCUGAGGGCGUCCAGUGUUGCCAGAAAUGUCAUUUGUCUUAUUGACAACGUCAAAAGCCUGCGUCACAUGAAGGUCAUCAGGUCAAAUGCAGAGACUGUACAUGAGACGUUGCGAAGGGAUUCACCUACCACCUGGUGCUUUUGUACAUUUUACAUCCUCCCAAUAUUUUCUGGAGUACAUCCUUUCGCGAGCCGACCUCGUGACACGUUCAGAUGCAGCGUGGCAUCACCUUCUCCUCGCCAACGAGAGGGACCACACUCACUCAACCAACAGCAGAGCAGACGAGCGAAGAGAAGGCAGCAGCUCUGCAUGCAGACGAAAAAGAAAAAGAAAAAACCAUUGACCUAUUUAAUCAAAUAAGAUGUUGUUUACUUUGUAUUUUAUCUAUGCUAUGCUGGUAGUUUUAGACACUAAGCGCUUUAUUAGCUGUGUAUGAAGCUUUAAAUGUUUCUCUUUUUAAUUUCCCUUUGGUUCAUCUCGGAGGAACCCAGUGCAUCGUGGGAAUGCUGGGUUGUGGUGCUCAGGGGUUCAAAUAUACAUAAAGAGGUGAAAGAGAUCCUUUCCUGUUUUUGCCAUUUGACUUGUGGUGAUUUUAGAAAUAAAAUCAUGCUUUUAACUUCA